AAACCGGAAUGAAUGUUUUACACAUUUUGACGUCUGUCACUUGUUGAGCACAGCGCCCGCACAGGAAACCCCGCAGCAAUAAUCUCAUUUUACUGCCUUCAGCGAGCUGUUUUAUGUCCGUUUUCACCAGAAAUAUUUGCAUUCAACAGGACUGUUUCAUUUUCCUUGAGUGUUACAUUUUUUUAAAGAAACGCCCAGAUAGGCUGAAGUUGAACUAUUGCUGGAAACCUAGAAGGGCACUCAUAAGUGGUUAUCAUGUCUGGCGAAGAGGCUCCAACUCCGCAGCAACAACCUGAGCAGGAGAAGAAGCUCGACGGACCACCGCCGGCUGGCUCAGAAGCACCGCAGGACUCGGGGAGCAGCCCUGCGGCCGAGGAGAAGCCUCUCUCCUUCAGGUCUCUGGUCCUGACGGGUUACGGGGGCUACGAUAAAGUCAAGCUGCAGGUGAAGACGCAGAAGCAGCCGCAGCUGGAGGCAGGAGAGGUCCUGGUGCGCGUCAAGGCGUGCGGGCUAAACUUCGCCGAGCUGCUGGGCAGACAGGGGCUGUACGAGCUGCUGCCCGCCCCGCCUGUCAUCAUGGGAAUGGAGGGCUCCGGGGUGAUUGAAGCAGUCGGGGAGGAUGUGAAGGACAGGAAGGUGGGGGACAGAGUCAUUGUGUUGAACCGCAGUGGCAUGUGGCAGGAAGUGGUUGUUGUGUCCGCCAACCUCACCUUUCCCAUGCCCGAGCAGAUGAGCUUUGAGGAAGGUGCUGCGAUCCCUAUUAACUACCUAACUGCCUACAUGAUGCUGUUUGAGAUGGCCAACGUGAGGCCGGGCAAGAGUGUUCUCAUCCACAUGGCAGCAGGUGGUGUUGGUUUUGCUGUUACCCAGCUGUGUCAGACUGUGCCAGAUGUGACGGUUUUUGGCACGGCAUCAGCCCCUAAACAUGAGACCAUUGCUCAAGGCGGGGUAACUCACCCCAUCGACUAUCGCACCAAAGACUACGUGGAGGAAAUCCGUAAAAUCAGCCCGAAAGGAGUGGACAUCGUCCUCGACCCACUUGGUGGUUCAGACACCCAGAAAGGCUUUAGUUUGUUGAAACCUUUGGGCAUGCUUAUAGUCUUUGGUGCAGCCAAUUGUGUGACAGGGCAGAAAAAGAACCUGUUGGCCAUGGCAAAGACCUGGUACAACCAGCUCUCUCUCACCACGCUCAAACUGAUGCAGUCCAACAAGGCAGUCUGCGGCUUCCACCUGGGCUACAUCACUGAUGAUCAGCUCAUCAGCAGGACUAUGUUCAAGCUGCUGGAGCUCUAUGGGCAGGGAAAGAUCAAGCCCCGCAUUGACUCAUGCUAUCACUUUGAGGAGGUGACUGAUGCCUUCAGGCGCAUGCACGAACGCCAAAACAUCGGAAAAGUCAUCCUUCUUCCUGAAGCAAAGAAGGAGGAAGAGAAGCCAAAGUCCAGCCCUGAGCUGGUAGAAAAUGUGGAAAAAACUGAAGCCGCCGUCAACGUCAAGGAAGAAGAGACCACAGAGGAAGUUAAAGCCGAGGAUUGAGUAAGAGUGUUUAUUUGAAUGAUGUUUUCAAGCACUUCCUGAAUGAGUUCCCUAUUGUUCAUUUGUCAAAAAGAGAAGAAAAGCGAGAUGCCAUGAAUUCUUUGACGUUUUUUCAAAUGUUUAUGAAGAUUUUGUCGUGCAAUAUGUCUGUAUUGUAGUGUCUAUGUUGGGAAUACUUGUGUUUUAAAUAAGAAUUAACUGCAUUAUUGUACAUUACAUGAGGAAUAAUACCUUCUCAUUACAGAUGGCUGUUAAAAAAUGACAAAAUGAAGGCGUGUGGCUUCAAAAUUUUAGCUCCCCGUGACAACAGCUCUAAAAUAAAUAUUUGCAAUGACAACAAACCAGGGCCAGUAUGUAUAAAGCUUCUAAUAAAUGGUCCCAAAAAUGGUCCUACACGUAUACAUGAUUAUUAUUAAUAUGGGACCUGAUGCAAGGCACUUAUUCUUGAAGGGUAACUACCAUUUUUUUUCAACCUGGACCCUAUUUUCCUAUGUUUUUGUGUCUAAGUGAUGGAUGGGAACAACAAUCUUUGACAUUGGUUCAGUAUUAAGCAAGAUCGCUGCAGUCGGCAGCGGCGAAACAAGCUACAAUGUAAGUUGAUAGGGAAAUUGUCCAGCUUUGAUUUACCUUCACAAAAGUGCUCGUUUUGCAGAUUACUAUUCUGUGACAACAUUAUGGAACGGAUCCCUUCAGAGGUAUACCUUUUAAAACCUCUUUGAGACCUUUCAGUUUAACCAGAAACAGCUCUGAGGUCGCUAGCACUAAACCCAACAGACUCCAUUUAAAAAAAGCAAUACUUUUAGCGUGUAUAGAGCCAACCUAUUU